AUGGAUGGGCGGUACAUGGUGAAAACAGGGUAUCGCUUCAUUCAACAAGCUUGGGAGGAAGAUGCAGUCUCUUCGUCCAUGUCGACGUCCCUUUCUACGCAGCAAUGGAAACGGUUUUGGAGCUCUAGUGCGCUGCCCCGUUGCAAGGAGAUGGCUUGGAGGUUGGUUCGUGGCUUCUUGCCGGUUAAUAUGGAGCUCAAACGUAGGCAUUUGGAGGUGGAUGAAGCAUGUGUAUGGUGCUGUCGGGGAUCCGAGAUUUUGGAGCAUGUUUUCCUUCACUAUACAACAGCAAAAAGUUUCUGGUUUGGAUCGACUUUGGCUUUGAGGACUGAACAGCUUUCCUCACUUCAUGAUUUCUGGGAGGCCGUUUUACUGGAUGGUGAUGGCGAUUUUAUUGGGUUGGUCCAGACGCUGUGUUAUACUCUAUGGGAAGCAAGGAACAAUUGCAGAUUCAAUCAUGUCAUUUUCUCUCCAUCAGUUGCCUUACAUCGUGCUAAUAUGUUGCUGUCCACUUCACAAAUGUACGUGCAAGUGCAAAUUCCGUCCCAUAGCAAUGUGCAGGCCACGUGGAGAAGACCAAUCCAAGGGGUGUUCAAAGUUAAAUUUGAUGCAUCAUAUGGCAGUGGGGGAAUAACUGGUUAUGGAGUAGUGGCUCGUGACUAUGAAGGCGAAGUUUUGGCAUCGGCGACGACGACAUGCCCGAUAGCUUCUCUUUCACCUUCUGGCGGAAGCGGGUUGUUUUCGGUGGGCGUUAUGUUUGGUGAUAGACUUGGUAAGAUGGAAACAUCUAGGCUUAGUUGGCGGCGUUGCUGGAUUCCACAACUGGGCCUUGAAGAAGAUGGUUGGACCAGAAGAGGAGGAGGAUCGGAAGGAGCAGAAGUCAAGGAAGAGGACUUGAAGUAG